ACCUGAAAAUUCGAGAAGAAAUCUUUCGUACACUCUGCAAACACAUGAACUAGAUUAAUCACAGACGCAAUGAACCCUGGCUAGAACAGAGAAAAAUCCAAGUAGAUUAAUGGAGGAUCCGAUUGUUAAAGUAGAACAGAAGUCGGCGGUGAUGGACAGGAAGGAUAAGAGGAGGGAGAGAAAGAAGAUAAAGAGGAAGCAAUUAAGGAGAGAGCUGGCCGAGAAGAGGAGAGAAGAGGAGGAGAGGAAAUUAAACGAUCCGGAGGAGCAGAGGAGAGCUAUGGAGAUGGAAGAAGAGGAGAGGCAAAGGAUGGAGAAAGAGAGAAAGGAAUUUGAGGAGCGAGAGAGAAAGUGGUUAGAAGAUAUGGAAAGAAAGAGGAAAGAAGAACAAGAAGAAGAAGAAGAAGAGGAAAGAAGGAAAGCUUUGGAAGUAGAGGAAAGAGCUAAGAGAUUGCAGAUUGAGAAGGAGAACCAGUUUGAUGAGGAUGAUGAUUGGGAAUAUGUAGAAGAGGGGCCUGCAGAAAUUAUCUGGCAAGGAAAUGAGAUAAUUGUUCGGAAGAAAAAGGUGAAGGUUCCAAAGAAGAAAGCAGAUCAACAGUGUACAAAUGAGAAUUCUGAUAGACCUACAUCAAAUCCACUUCCUCCGCAAUCUGAAGCUUUUGCUGAGUACCAAAAUGCAUCAAUAGCUUCAGCUGAACAGAUGCUUGAUAAUGUUGCUCAACAAGUACCUAAUUUUGGAACUGAGCAGGAUAAAGCUCAUUGCCCCUUCCAUUUAAAGACUGGUGCAUGUCGGUUUGGCCAGCGCUGCAGCAGAGUUCAUUUUUAUCCUGAUAAGGCAUGUACAUUACUAAUGAAGAACAUGUAUAAUGGUCCUGGCCUUCCUUUGGAACAAGAUGAAGGGCUCGAGUACACGGACGAAGAGGUUGACCGCUGUUAUGAAGAAUUUUAUGAGGAUGUGCAUACAGAGUUCUUGAAGUUUGGAGAAAUCGUGAAUUUCAAGGUUUGUAAAAAUAGUUCGUUCCACUUGCGUGGGAAUGUUUAUGUGCAAUAUAAAUCGCUGGAUUCAGCUGUACUUGCUUAUCAUUCUCUCAAUGGUCGCUACUUUGCUGGCAAACAGGUAAAAUGCGAAUUUGUCAAUGUGACGAGAUGGAAGGUUGCCAUAUGUGGGGAAUAUAUGAAGUCAAGACUCAAGACAUGCUCUCGUGGAACAGCUUGCAAUUUUAUCCACUGUUUCCGUAAUCCAGGUGGGGACUAUGAAUGGGCUGACUGGGAUAAACCACCACCUAGAUAUUGGGUGAAAAAGAUGGUUGCUUUAUUUGGUUACUCAUAUGAAUCUACAUAUGAGAAAAAGAUGGAGCAAGAAAAAUUUGAGCAGAUGAGGAUGUCUAGCAGUAAAAUGCCACCUAAUACAGACAGGCUUCGUGCAAGGUCUAGAUCCAGAGACAUAGAUCACUUGCUUCCUUGUUCUGGUAAGACUAGUGAUGAUGAAGAUGAUAUUCAAGAAGGCACCCACCGGCACUGGCACACAGAUGAUGGUCAGAAACCAAAUAGAAUCUUUAAUGAAAAAUCAUGCAAAGAGGAUCAUUAUUAUCAUGAGCGCCGAAGCUAUGAUUCUAAUUCUGAUGGAGGUUGGUCAGACAGGGACUUUAAUAGAGGCAGAAAACGAGAUAAGCAUCACAGUGGUAUGAGAAAAAUGUCUAAAGACCAUGGUAAAACAUCAGAACACCCCACUGAUUGGUCUGGUGAUAAGAGAAAUUAUAGGAUCCAUGAGGCCGAUUCCAGUGAACUGUCUGAUGGGAGCAGAAAAAGACGAUCACACCAUGCUCACACCAAAAGCUCAGAAUACACAGAAAAAGAGGCAUUGCAGGAUGUCAAUAGCGACAGGAAGGAUGAAUCUCAACGAGUAGAUGAAUAUAAAUCAGAUAGAGAAAGAGAGAGAGAAAAACACCAAAGUCUCAGCAGGAAAAGCUCAAGGCACCAGAGCAAAGUACAGUCGCCAGAUGAUCUUGGAGAACUACUUCUUGGUACUGAUUCUACAGAAGAUUUGUCCCACAGAAAUAGAGAGAAACGCAGACAUCAUCAUAACACAAGGGAAAGCUCAUCAAGACACCAGAGCAAUUUCUCAAAGUUCACUGAUGAUUAUUGGGAUGAUAAGCACAGGACUUGUGAUACUGAUUCUGAUGAUGAGUGGUUAGACAAGAAAAGACAUGGUAGUCAUAAAAGGAGACGCUCAAGGCAAGUUGAAUUAGAAAUUCCAGAUGAUGCAGGGACAACUGCUAAGAGUUUGAAAGAGAAAUCUCAUAGUGAGGAGGAAACUGAAAUAGGAAAAUCUCAUCUAAAAAGAAAGCCAAUGGAUCAUUCGUUUAGCAGAAGAAGCCAUUCAAGCAGAGGAUAUAGUGAUACAAAGUCUCUUGAUGAGAGCUUGAAAUUGAGUCAUGAGAUCAGUUAUGCUAAAGAAAUUACUGAACAGGAUCGUUGGAAGCCCGAUAGUCCUGAUACUAUUGGUACUGGGAGUUACGGGUAAGUCCAUAGCAAGAUUGCAACUCAAAUUUAUUAUGGAAUGUUUAAAAGUUAAGAUUUGAGAAAGAAAGUUCAGGAUCUGAAAACAUUCUCUUGAAACGCCAUAAUUUACUGAUGUUAAUGAAAAGACUGCUGGAACAAGAAAAUGUUGCAAGUUUCAUGCUGGAAACACAUCAAUGGGGCUCUUUUUCUGUAGCCUUCUAAGGGACAAGCACUAAAAAAAUCAGGGAAGAGCAAAAGAUCUCUCCUCAUAAGCAUCGUGGUGCAUCUUAAAGAAAUUGUUUUGGGUCAUAAUGCGUUUGUUUUGCGAUACUUGGAGUUUAUAGCCACACUACAUCAGCAAGAAAGGAAGCUUGAUUUUCCGGAAGGUCUCCUGAAUCCUGACGUAGGUGUCACAGCAAUUUACCAAAUCUGGACCUUUAAGAAGAAGAAACAUUUUACUGACGCUUUUUGUAAUGAAGUAUUAUGGAACAUUUACUAGGAUUUACUAUCAUAUGUAGUAACAUUUGCAACAAAGAAAUUAGAAAGAAAGCUUAAGAAACAGGAGGAAAUCAUUACUUCAAAA